AUGGGUUCAGCCUCUGGUAUCGCAACCGAGCAUGACGAAAUUGACCGGACACAAGGUGAUGUGCAGGCAGUUCUUGAGCUCUCUCAUGGCUCACAUGCUGCUGAUUCCUCAUUGAUAACUACCCAAGAGGCCGAGCACACAUCGCCAAAUCGAAAGUAUUCAAUAAAGGAAGGCACCGUUGAAGAUGGGUCCAGAACUCAGUACAAACCACCUGUAUCAGAUAGCUCCGAGUGGCUUCCUAUUCUUGAGUGGGCGCUGCUUGAAAUUCCCUACAACGAUCCUAUCCGAGCCCAAAUUCUUUACGCUAUCGGAGUGAUAUGCAUGAUUGGCUGCGCCACGAGCCCCUCUCCUCAAGUUCUAGGGAAAGCGCUCACAUACCUCCAGCUGGCCACUCUCAUUGAGCCUGGAAAUCCUCAAUACCGAGCACAACUUGUUUUGGCGCUGCUUCUGCGACAUACCAUGACCGAUCGUAUCGCAGAUCUUGAUCUCGCAAUCACCGAGCUUGAGACGGCCAUGGCAAUCACUAAUGAGUGGCCGGAGCGGCUCGAGACAUUGAACUUGUUUGCUGGGGUCUAUGCGUGGCGUCAUAGACUUACAGGGAAUGCAGAUGACCUUCGGAAAUCCUCGGAUAUCAUGGAACAGCUCUAUCACACCAAGCCAGACCACUCCCCCGAAAGAGCCGUGAUCUCAGGUCGGCAGGAGCAUUUGAGAACGCAUGGUAUUGACGACUUGGCCAUAGGGGCACGAUUCGACUCGGCGCUUGAGAUUACGGAGCAUGCUCUUAAUCGCACUCCUAGCGGAGGGAGGACAUAUCAGGAGCUCCUUGCUACUCUUUCUCGGCAAUACCUUCAUCGAUACACACAGACAGGGAGCAGCAGGGACCUGGAUCUUGCAAUCUCCAGGGCCGAAUUGCGUCUCUCCCAUGUGCUCGACAAUAAAGCACCGAUGGUGGGCGCAGUGGACGGCCUGGAGCUGGCUAAUCACCUGUUACACAGAUGGACUCGUCAUGGCUGCCAUGCCGAUCGAACUAGAGCAUUGGAGCUGAUGAAGAAGGCGGCAGAUGUCGCUGUGCCAGGCAGCUCCUUUCAAAUCUUCUGCGUCAUACAACGGGCUUUGUGGCUGAGUGACCUGCCAAAUGGGGCUGACCGAGUGCAAGCCCUGCGAGCCUCCGUUGAGGAGCUUGAAAGCAUACGAGCUGGCUCCGUCGACUGCAUAAGUCCUUUUUCGAAAAGGAAUAUCCUGAGAAUGCUCGGUCUACAAUAUCAAAGUCUUUAUCACCGUACCAAAGAGCUUACUGAUCUUGAAAAGGCGAUCGAGUCAAUGGAGAACUCAUUGGACAUCACCGAGGAGACUGGCCAGCAGAAGGACCACACACUUGGUAUCUUGGGAGAGUUAUUGAUCGAGAAAGCUUCUUGGACACGGGACAAUGCUACCUACGGCCGUGGAAUGCGAUGUCUCAUGCAAUCCUGCUUAUCUGAUCAGGCCUCGCCCAGAGAGCGUGUUAAAAGUGCUGGCAUCCUUGUACAUACGGCGAACCACGCGGCAGAUUGGGAAAAGACCUGUCUAGUUGCAGAGUUAAUAUUCCCACUCAUGUCGCUGAUCGGCAGCCGGGACCUGAGACAUGAUGACAAGAUUUACAAUAUCCGGAGCAUCUCCGGCCUCGCUAGCAAUGCGUGCGCUGCAUUCCUUAGCCUGGGCUUUCCUAACGAAGCACUUGAAAAGAUUGAGCUAGGCCGGGGCAUACUCAUUGGAGACCUAAUAGACAUUCAAGGAAAUUUAUCAGGCCUAGAGCAGGCGCACCCCGAUCUAGCCCAAGAAUAUGACAGGCUUCGUCAUGAAGCUUUGCGUUCCAUCGAGUCCAAUGACCCGGAGAGCGGGGAACAACAGCCAGUGAAUUAUCGUCGAGCUGCAUUUCAGCGUCUGCAGCAAUGUGAAGAUCGAAUCCGCGAGAAAGCAGGCUUUGAGGCCUUCCUUCGGCCCCUGAGAUCCCCAGAGAUGGCUGAAAUUUCCCGCGAAGGGCCGAUCAUUAUUGUUAAUGCAACUUGUCUCACAGCCCACGCAUUGCUCCUCACCCCAUCUGAUAUUGGGCAUCUGCGGCUGGACAGUAUGAUCAGUCACGCUGCCCCACAAUUUCGUCAGCAUCUGGCGCGGUGCGCAUUGGAACGAGACGACAGAGAUCUGGAGAGUGACUUGCCGCCCGAGGCGCACAACAAAGAAUUGCUGUCAUGGCUGUGGUAUAGCUGCGUCAAGCCAGUCCUUGAGAUGCUUGCUUCGCACCGGAGUAUCUCCAUUGGAGAGGAGAAAAGUCGAGUCUGGUGGAUGGGAGUGGGAGCUGCGAGUGGGCUUCCGUUCCAUGCCGCCGGCGAUUACAGCAACGGGACCAUCGACGAGAACGAGAACUGCCUUGAUCGUGUGAUAUCCUCCUACACGCCGACGGUCAAGGCCCUUCGUAAUGCCCGGGAAAGGGCAUCAAAGAUAGCCUGCCAGCCGAAGGAGAAACACUCGCUCCUGAUCGCAACGAUGCCCGAUACUCCGAGUCAUGGUGCAUUACACGGGGUCCGUCGCGAAGCCCAAGCGAUUCUCAACACGGUCGAUCAGGACAUGCAUGUGAAGGAACUUACCACUCCCUCUACCGACGACGUCCUCGCUCAGCUUCAAAGUCACGAGCUCGUGCAUUUCGCCUGCCAUGGGUACUCCGAUCCCGGCGACCCUGCUCACAGUCAUCUCCUCCUGCAGAAACACAGCGACUCAGGUCCCGUCGUCGACAAACUGACAGUUUCUAAGCUUCUUGACUGCCAAACCAUGUCCCGUGGAUGGAUUGCCUAUCUUUCCGCGUGCUCUACAGCUGAGAUCCGUGAUAAGGACCUGCAGGACGAAGCGCUACAUAUCACCAGCGGCUUCUUGAUCGCGGGCUUCUCGCAUGUCAUUAGCUCUUUAUGGCCGGCUGACGAUGAGGUGUGUGUCCACAUGGCCGCUUAUUUCUACGAGGCGUUGAUUGCGAGGCGUGCCACUGCCACUAAUCAAAAUCGUGCGGUGGCAGAAGCGGUUCGCGAUGCAACGCUGAGGAUUCGAAGGCAGUAUUGUCACAGUCCACUCUCCUGGGCAUUGUAUACUCACAUGGGGGCUUGA